GGGGAGCGCAAAAGUAGAGCUGCUCUCCGAAUCCUGACGCGCUUUCACCAUCUCAGGCUCCCGCGGAACCCCCCAAAACACAGCUUCAACCGAGAAAAGAAAAAGAAAAAAAACUAAGAAAAAAAACCUCCAAGAGCUUCUUUUCAUCUCCCAGCCAUGGACGCAUCUCGAGGCGUGACGAUAUAUCUAGGCCUUCUCCUCGUUUUGUUUGGGAAUUUACCUUGUUUUCGGUCCGCCGCUCUCAUCUCUCCCUCUGCGCCCCGGAGGAACCGGGAAGUCAGGAUCUCUAACCAGGACGGACAAAGGUCACCCAAAUUCUUAAAAGACAUCUUGGCGUCCUCGCACCCAGUCGCGGGACAUCACAAAGAGGACCCAAAGGACGCUAUUGUUCCGCACGAGUACAUGCUCUCCAUAUACAGGACGUACUCCACCGCAGAGAAGCUCGGACUAAACGCGAGCUUUUUUCGCUCGUCCAAGUCCGCCAACACCAUAACGAGCUUUGUGGACCGAGGAACAGACAAUCUUUUGCACUCUCCUCUGAGACGACAAAAGUAUCUGUUUGAUGUGUCGACCCUUUCAGAGAAAGAGGAACUGGUUGGGGCGGAAUUACGAAUCUUCAGGAGAGCGCCGGGGGAUUUGCAGACGGCGGGCCCGUACGAGGUCCAGCUGUACCCCUGCCGCUCGGACAGGGCGCUGGACACCAGGUCUCUGGACCCGCUGGACUCCGCCAAACCGGGCUGGGAGGUUUUCGACGUGUGGGAGAUGUUUAAGGCGCACCGGCAUCACCACCAGAGCGGCCACCUCUGCGUCCAGCUCAGGGCGACUUUUGGGAAGUCCGAGGCGGAAGUGGACCUGCGGCCGCUGGGGCUGGACAGGAGCGGCCGGGGUCAGCAGGAGAAAGCCAUCCUGGUGGCCUACACCCGCUCCAAGAAGAGGGAGAACCUGUUCAACGAGAUGAAGGAGAAGAUCCGGUCGCGCGGCGAGAAGGAGGCGGGGGGGGCGAGGGCCCCGGAAGAGGACGGGGGGCCCCACGCCAAGCGGGGCAAGGGAGAGGGGCCGCGGCGGCGGCGGAGGACGGCGCUGAGCAACCGUCACGGGAAGAGGCACGGGAAGAAGUCCAAGUCCAGGUGCAGCAAAAAGGCGCUGCACGUCAAUUUCAAAAAGCUGGGCUGGGACGACUGGAUCAUCGCGCCCCUGGAUUACGAGGCGUACCACUGCGAGGGGGUGUGCGACUUCCCCCUGAGGUCGCACCUCGAGCCGACCAACCACGCCAUCAUACAGACGCUCAUGAACUCCAUGGACCCCAACAGCACCCCGCCGAGCUGCUGCGUGCCCACCAAACUCAGCCCCAUCAGCAUCCUCUACAUAGACUCGGGAAACAACGUGGUGUACAAACAGUACGAGGACAUGGUGGUGGAGCAGUGCGGGUGCAGGUAGCGGACACUUUUCAGAAACAGACUUUCCCAUGGUAGACAUUGAUAAGAUUUGCGUCCCGAUGGCUCCCCAGGCUUGACGUCCUCAUUUGGUUCCGACGCGCUUUUUUUACGCGCGACUGCGCCACGCAUUUUCUUUUUCUGUUCUUUGUCAAAAAAAGGGAUGCACACGCAAGAGAGAUACCAUCUUCUAUUUAUUCAGUCGCGUUCGUUCACACAUCCUGCCUUAAAAAGUGUUCAGCACGUUCGCUGUCCGUCCACGAGAAAACACGGCGUGUGAGGUGACCGCAGGGCCCGGACGGACGGGAGCCCCGGUCAGAGCGCGCGCGCGCACCUGUUCGUGCCGCGGGCCGGAGGAGGCUCUGUAUACCGGUCAGCAUGCGCUUUGUGUGCGGCCCCUCCCGUCUGAUCCAGGGCCGAAACUCUUUUCGGGCAUGUGCAUCCAGGCCGCAAUGGCCGCUGUCCAGCUGGAGUCGUUGCUCUCCACAACAACAACAAAAAAAGAUAAAUUAGGAAAGAAAACGGGGUGAAUGUCUAACAAACCAAACACAAACACAGACUGGUCUGAGGAAAGGAGAUAAGAUGGUGGUGGUAAUGCCUUUAAGAGAUUGUUUUUUCCUCACUGGAGACCAUGGGCCCGGUUGUGUAAACGAUAAGAAAGAAAGCACAAAUGACUGAGGCGAACUUGGAUAGUUUUUUUUUUUUUGUGCUGUAACGUCUGCAUCCUUACAAAAUGCACUUCUACAACUGACUGCGCCGCGGACAGCUGUAGCCAGCCAGAGUUUGUCUUCUCUGAUGACGAAAAUAUAAGAAAAAAACUAACAAAACGAAAGACUCGCACACGAGACGAUAUUUAAAUGCACAUUAUCUUUGAAUGCACUGCUGUUCAUUAUUUGUUUUUAUCUCUUAUUUUUCUUAGCUGUAAAUAUUUGUACAGUGGAAAACUUUACAAAGUGCAACAAAUGAAGAAAUGAGCAAACAGCAUUUCUUUGUAAAUAUACAGAUGCACUCAAAUCGGUAUAAUUUCUAUUCUAUAAUUAUUUUAUUAUUUGUGAUGUACAGAGUUCCAUGAUAAUCAUAUAUUUCUUAUGCUGAUGAGAGUAAUUUAAGGUGUCUUCAACAUUUUGCAGAGGGUGGAAAAUUCCAUAAUGUCUACCUCAUAAUUGCAUAUAUAGAAUCUGAGUUUGAGGUGCAUUCAGUUAGAGUGUAAAGAGCUUUUACAAUGAUAUCUAAGAUCAUUUAUAUACAUAUAUUACUGGAUAAUAUUCCACACCAUUACUGUACAAAUAAAAUUGAAAACAAAGCCUGGCACUUCUGAGGAUGAUUAAUGCCAUAAUGUUGCAUUCACUUAUACUAUUAGGCUGUUCUUUUUUUUUUAAAGGUUUGACCUCCUCCUACAAAACAGUUGUAUUGAUAUCUGGGUGUAAUCACAAAACUAUACUGGACCAAAUCAAAUUAAAAUCCUAU